AUGGAUCUCGUAAAAUUGAAAUCAGUCCGAUCGGGGAACAGAAGCGCUGUUACCAGAUUAUUCCGAAGAUUAGAUGAAGCAAAGGAGAAUUCGAAUUUCGAUGAAGAAGAAGUUAUAGCAACACUCGGAAAACUAGUGCAAAAACAAACAUUGUUUGAGGACUUAAACGAACAAAUUUUAAAGUUAACAGAACCGGAAGAUGUGGAAAAUGAGAUAGUGGAUUCAGAUGAAUAUUCAGUGGAUAUGGAAACAAAGAUUCGCCACAUACGUAAGUUCAUAAAAAAUGUCCAAACACCACAGUCCCGUCAUAUUGAUUCACAUACAACAACCCACACUUUAAAUCCAGAAACUGUACCGUUUGUACCAACGCACAACAUAGCCAACCCACACAACGCACAGUCGUUUGAGAACCCGUCUGUACAAGCCAGUCAUACGUUUAACACACAGCAAAGCACAUUUUCGUCAGCUAGUAGUCACCGCCUACCCAAACUUUCGCUUCCAAUAUUCUCAGGCAACAUCUUAGAAUGGCAAACUUUCUGGGACUCAUAUGAGUCGGCCGUACACAUUAACUUGUCACUUACGAAUGUACAAAAAUUCAAUUACUUGAAAGCACAGCUAGAACAUGAAGCACUAGAUUCUAUAGCGGGGUUCGCACUUACAAAUGUAAACUAUGAUGAAGCCGUAAACCUAUUAAAAGAGAGGUUCGGUCAACAGGACAAAAUCAUAAAUGCAUACAUGCAGGCAUUAUUAGAAAUCCCUUCGCCUAGAAAUCAGAUAACAAGCUUACGAAGCUUUUACGAUAAAAUGGAAAGUUACGUCAGGGGAUUAGAAGCUUUAGGUCAGACACAAGAAACAUACGGCACUCUACUUGUUCCAAUUAUUAUGAAGAAAUUACCCGGGGAAGUCAGACAACAUCUCGCGCGAGAACACAGAAUACAAACUUGGGUAUUACGGGACCUCCGUAGGAGCAUUUUAGAUGAGAUUAAUAUAAUGGACGCAGGACAAGAGUUAGAGUCGACAAACCAUUUGCCCACAACAUCGUCUUUCUUUGCCGGAGCGAAAUCGGCAAAGUCCAAAUCUGUCAAGAAUAUUGAGACAAGACCUUGUGUGUUUUGUCAUGAAAUACACGCACCUACCCAGUGCAGUAAAAUAACCGACACAGAAUCCCGUAUGAUAAUAGUCAAACGUGAUAAGUUAUGCUUUAACUGCCUUGGUAAACACAGAAUAAAUGAUUGUAAAUCUAAACACACAUGUAGAAAUUGUAAUAAGAAACACCAUACAAGCUUGUGUAAUUCACGUCCAACAAACAACAUAAAACCAGUGAAUGAGGUAAACCAUAGAAACGGGAGUAGUAACUCAGCAAAUACGAACUUCCACGCGAAUUAUAACCAGAGCAGCAACCCGCCAUCGACAAACGUUCAACUCGUUAAUGAACUUCAUGAUACAGAAGAAGAUACUACCAUUUUGUAUUCUCAAUCGACAGAAUCGCGAUCAAAUGUAUUUUUGAAAACCGCCGUAUCUCAAGUAGGCUCAAAUCAGCACUUUAUCGAUACGAAUAUUCUAUUUGACGAAGGAGCUCAAAGAUCGUUUUUGACGCAGAACUUAGCGAAUAAACUCAAUUUACAGAUAGAAGGAACAGAGAUAAUACAUUUAUCGGCAUUUGGAGGUGAAGAGAAAAACACGAGACACUUAGAAAAGACAACAAUCUAUCUGAAAACCGAUGCCGGACACAUAUUGCCAAUCAAAGUAUUGAUAGUACCGAUGAUCGCCACGCCUUUACAGAAUUACAUACGUAAUAUUGAUACACAGAACGGUUAUUUACGUGGUUUGAAGUUAGCACACACGAUGACACAGCAAGAUUCGUUUGAUAUAUCCUUGCUUGUAGGUGCAGAUCACUAUUGGGACAUUGUAGAAGACCAUAUUGUACGAGGAAACGGUCCGACCGCCGUGAAAUCCAAGAUCGGAUAUUUGCUUUCGGGACCUACAUACAGUAAGAAAACUAACACAUCGAAAACUAGCAUGUUUAAUGUUUUAAUAUCACACAAAGAUGAAGAAUACAAUUUAGAGAGAUUUUGGAAUUUAGAAUCAAUAGAUAUAAAUAGUAAGGAGUUAGACGAAGACGACGAUACCUACAUAACAGCAUAUCAGGACAGAUCAAUUGAAUUCAGAGAAAAUAAGUAUUUCGCUAGGUUACCAUGGAAACAGGACCAUGAUGAAUUGCCUACAAAUUUUGCAGUCACGAAGAGAAGGACAGAAAACGUCAUUAAAAGACAUACCCAAAACCCUGAUAUGUUAAAGAAGUACGGGAACAUUAUACAAGAACAGGAACGAAGGGAGUUCAUAGAGAGAGUGGAUGAAACAGCUGAAACUCAAGGAAUAAUACACUAUAUUCCUCAUCAUCCAGUACAGAAGGAAUCAAGCACUACGCCUAUCCGAAUCGUUUAUGACUGCAGUUGCCGCCAGUCGCCUUAUUCGCCUAGUUUGAAUGACUGCCUCUUGGACACACCGCCGAAACUAAACGACCUGACAAAAAAUCUGAUGAGAUUUAGAGCCAACCCUGUCGCCAUAACAACGGAUAUUGAAAAGGCCUUUUUACAUGUUGGCUUAAACGAAGAUGACCGAGACGCUACACGUUUCUUGUGGCUCAGUAACCCAUCAGACCCUACAAGUAAUCUACAGACUUACAGGUUCAAAUCCGUCCUUUUCGGAGCAACUUGUUCGCCGUUUAUGCUUAACGCCACGAUACUGAAACAUUUACAUCGUUACAACAGUACAACAGCUACAUUGAUGGAAAGAGACUUGUACGUGGACAACAUUCUGACAAGUUUACAGAACGAGGAUGACGCUAAUACGUAUUAUAAGGAAGCGAGAACAAUGAUGAAGGAAGCCGGAUUCAACCUACGAUCGUGGACAUCGAACAGUGAAAAUAUACGCACGCUAGCCGAGACGGAAAAUGUACUAGAUAAGGACAUCAACACAAAAGUACUUGGUAUGUUAUGGAAUAGCAAAUCCGAUGAUCUGAUGUACCAGAAAUGUGAGAUUCAACUACGAGACAUUGUAACAAAAAGGGAGAUUUUGAAACAUUCUUCCAAAAUAUACGAUCCACUUGGAAUACUCAGCCCCGUCACAAUACGAGCAAAGAUGCUCAUACAGGAUCUAUGGAAAAGUAAACUUGAUUGGGAUGAACCAGUUCAGGAAAACUUUAAGGCUACUUGGAUUAAUGUAGCAAGCGACUUAGAGAAAGCGACACAAAUCGUAUUUCCCAGAUAUUAUUUCUCCAGUAAUUCUACUUCGACACAAUUUGAACUACACGUAUUUUGCGAUGCGAGUCCAAAAGCGUAUGGAGCGACUGCAUAUCUGAACAACGGUACCGAAACUACGUUAGUGAUGGCGAAAAGCAGAGUAGCGCCAGUGAAAAACCUAACAUUACCGCAAUUAGAACUUAUGGCCGCAGUUAUUGGAACUAGACUAGCGUCACAUGUAAAAUCGACUUUUGAAUGUAAAAACGUGGUUUUCUGGUCGGAUAGCUGCAUAGUAUUACACUGGAUAAAAUCAUCGAAACCGUUAAAACGAUUUAUUGCAAAUCGAGUGCGAGAAAUUACAGAGUCUACAAAUCAACAUGAAUGGAGAUAUUGUCCUACAGAAUACAAUCCAGCAGAUCUCUUAACACGAGGAAUUGACGCCGAUCAAUACAUCAAUAGUGUCAUUUGGAAAAAAGGACCAAAUUGGUUAACGACUCGAACAAAAUGGCCAGAAUUAACUCCUACAAGUAAAACAGUAUUGACAAUUACAGGAGAAAACGACGACGAGGAAUUUCAAAACAAUGACGUUCAUACUGGCUACUAUGAUGACGAUGGCCUUGUGAGAUGCAAUGGUAGGAUUCACAAUGCACCGAUUCCAGAGAAUACUAAAUUUCCAUAUCUUAUACCUGCAAAUCAACCACUUACCAAACUGAUAGUGAUAGACGCACACGAACGUUCACUCCAUUCUGGACUAAAUGCUACGCUAACUUAUGUACGACAAUCGUAUUGGGUACCGACACUCCGACAAUUUGUUAAGAAGUUAUUAAACAAAUGUGUAACUUGCCGCAAAGUUAUGGGAAAAUCUUACAACAAACCGGAUCCGCCACCCCUACCGAAAAUAAGAGUACAGGAAGCUUCGCCAUUUACCGUCACAGGAGUCGAUUAUACAGGUGCUUUAUACGUAAAGGACUCAGAAAGAACUUUAAAGAAAGCGUAUAUAUGUUUAUUUACAUGCGCAUCGACAAGAGCAGUUCACCUAGAAGUAGUUCCAAACUUGAGCGAACAUUCAUUUAUUCAGGCAUUUCGGCGCUUUGUUAGCCGUAAAUCUUUGCCUAAAAUUCUAGUAUCUGACAAUGCAACUACAUUCAUUGCAGGAUCUGCAGAAAUAAAAAGAUUAUGUGAAUCGGAUAUAGUAAAAAAUACUUUAUCAACACACGGUGUCGAGUGGAGAUUUAUAUUGCUCUGA